AUGCUGUUUAAUGUGAGGAAGUUCUUCAGUAUUGCAAAACUAACAGGGACCAGCAAGCAGCUGCUGCGACAGUUUUGGUAUGGACCACCAGCUCAAAUGAAUGCUCAUCUGAAAGGUCGUGACCUCCUUACUCUACAGAACUACACAGCAGAUGAGCUGAAGUAUUUGCUGUGGAUGGCCUCAGAUUUGAAACAAAGGAUAAAGCACAAAGGAGAGUAUUUGCCUUUGAUGCAAGGAAAAUCUUUGGCCAUGAUAUUUGAGAAGAGAAGCACAAGAACAAGAUUAUCUGCAGAAACAGGAUUUGCUCUCCUUGGAGGACAUCCUUCCUUCCUUACAACACAAGACAUACAUCUGGGCACUAAUGAGAGUCUCACAGAUACAGCAAGGGUGCUGUCCAGCAUGACGAAUGCAAUCCUGGCUCGAGUUUAUAAGCAUAACGAUCUGGACCUAAUGACAAAAGAAGCCACGAUCCCAAUAGUCAAUGGAUUGUCUGAUUUAUACCAUCCUCUCCAGAUUUUAGCUGAUUACCUAACUCUUCAGGAACACUAUGGCGGGCUGAACGGGCUCACUGUCACCUGGAUCGGGGACGGAAACAACGUCCUCCACUCCAUCAUGACGAGCGCUGCAAAGCUGGGAAUGCACCUGCGUAUUGCGACUCCCAAGGGCUUUGAACCAGACCUCAGCAUAACUAAAAUAACUGAACAGUACUCCAAAGAGUAUGGUACCAAGUUACUUCUCACAACAGAUCCUUUGGAAGCUGCAGAUGGUGCCAAUGUCUUAGUUACAGAUACAUGGAUAAGUAUGGGACAGGAAGAGGAAAAGAAAGAGAGACUAAAGGCAUUUCAAGGUUAUCAGGUUACAAUGCAGACUGCAAAAUCUGCUGCUUCCAACUGGACUUUUUUACAUUGUUUACCCAGAAAACCUGAAGAAGUUGAGGAUGAAGUAUUUUAUUCUCCACGGUCACUGGUUUUCCAGGAGGCUGAAAACAGAAAAUGGACAAUUAUGGCUGUCAUGGUUUCCCUGCUGACAGAUUACUCACCACAGCUACAAAGGCCGACAUUUUGAUGCUUGGAUUCCUGCCAAGAGAAAAAUAUUCCUCAUCGGCAGAAUAUUCUGGUCCGCAAAUACAUAGAUCUUCUUCAGAAAGGAUCGAGGCAAUGAAUGAUUUUUUAAUAAAACCGUAUAGUUAGCUGUG